GUUCCGCUUAAUCAGAGCGGUCAUGCCGGCUAUUGGAAUCGAUUUGGGCACGACCUAUUCCUGCGUCGGAGUGUUCCAGCAUGGAAAGGUGGAGAUCAUUGCCAACGAUCAAGGAAACCGGACAACUCCGAGUUAUGUGGCGUUUACCGACACCGAACGCCUCAUCGGUGAUGCAGCUAAGAACCAGGUUGCAAUGAAUCCAACCAAUACCGUUUUCGAUGCCAAGCGAUUGAUCGGUCGCCGAUUCGAUGAUGCUUCGGUUCAAUCCGACAUGAAACACUGGCCAUUCAAUGUUGUUGAUGACAAGGGCAAGCCGAAGAUUCAAGUGGAAUACAGAGGCGAGACAAAGACAUUCUCGCCCGAAGAGAUAUCGGCCAUGGUUUUGGGGAAAAUGAAGGAGAUCGCCGAAGCCUACUUGGGCACCACUGUGAAGGAUGCAGUCGUCACUGUGCCUGCCUACUUCAAUGACAGUCAACGUCAAGCUACGAAGGAUGCGGGUCGUAUCGCCAACUUAAACGUUCAGAGAAUCAUCAACGAGCCCACAGCUGCUGCGAUCGCUUAUGGUUUGGACAAAAAGGUUGGUGCCGAGAGGCAUGUUCUGAUUUUCGAUCUUGGUGGUGGUACUUUCGAUGUGUCGAUCCUCACCAUCGAGGAGGGCAUCUUCGAGGUGAAGUCCACCUCAGGUGACACUCACUUGGGCGGUGAGGAUUUCGAUAUCCGUAUGGUGAAUCACUUCAUUCAAGAGUUCAAGCGGAAACACAAGAAAGACAUCAGUGAAAACAAACGCGCUGUUCGUCGUCUUCGCACUGCUUGUGAGCGCGCAAAACGCACACUGAGUUCGAGUGCGCAAGCCAACAUCGAGAUCGAUUCUCUAUUCGAAGGCAUCGACUUCUACACGUCCAUUACCCGUGCACGUUUUGAGGAACUGAAUGCCGACCUGUUUCGUAGUACAAUGGACCCAGUGGAGAAGGCUUUGCGUGAUGCAAAGAUGGACAAGCAGGAUAUCCAUGAAAUUGUCCUUGUCGGUGGUUCAACUCGUAUUCCAAAGGUGCAGAAGCUGCUUCAGGAUUUCUUCAAUGGUAAGGAGUUGAACAAGUCGAUCAAUCCGGAUGAGGCCGUCGCUUAUGGUGCUGCUGUGCAGGCUGCUAUUCUAAGUGGCGAUAAAUCCGAGCAGGUGCAGGAUCUGCUUCUGCUGGACGUAGCUCCGUUGUCCUUGGGUUUAGAAACCGCCGGUGGUGUUAUGACCGCUCUGAUUAAGCGGAACACCACAAUUCCCACGAAGCAGACGCAGACGUUUACAACCUAUUCGGACAAUCAGCCUGGAGUAUUGAUUCAGGUGUAUGAAGGCGAGCGUGCGAUGACUCGUGACAAUAAUCUGUUGGGGAAGUUCGAGCUGUCGGGGAUUCCUCCGGCCCCACGUGGAGUGCCACAAAUCGAAGUGACUUUCGACAUAGAUGCGAACGGUAUUCUGAAUGUGUCGGCGGUGGACAAGAGUACGGGUAAGCAGAACAAGAUAACGAUAACGAAUGAUAAGGGACGUUUGUCGAAGGAUGAGAUUGACCGGAUGGUGGCUGACGCAGAGAAAUACAAGGCUGAUGAUGAAAACCAGCGUGAUCGUGUGGCAGCGAAGAACUCACUGGAGAGUUACGCCUAUUCGAUGAAGCAGACGGUAGAAGAGGAGAAGGUGAUGGACAAGAUUCCGGAAGCUGAUCGCAAACUGAUUUCUGAAAAGUGCUCGGAAACAAUCAGCUGGCUCGAGACCAAUCAGACGGCUGAGAAGGAGGAGUUUGAACAUAAACAGAAGGAACUCGAGAAGGUGUGCACUCCGAUCAUCACCAAAAUGUAUCAGGCUGCUGGUGGCGGUGAAGGAAUGCCGGGCGGUAUGCCUGCAGGAUUCCCUGGUGGAAUGCCCGGUGGAGGGGCGGCUGGCGCAGCUUCAGGUGGCAAGGGACCCACUAUUGAGGAAGUUGACUAG